GUUCGGCGGGUGCGGGGGGGUUGGGGGGGCAAACCUGAGGGGUGGGGCGAUAGGGAGGAGCUUAGGCGACGAGGAAAGGAGUAUUCGGUGUGGGGGGCGUGUGUGAGGAAAGGGGAGAGAGAGUGAGAGUGAGUGUGGACGGCGGGCCCGGGAGCACAGGCCCGGCCAGACCCGGCGCGCCUCAGCACCCACUCCCCCGGCCCCCCCACACUCUGCACCGGGGAGGGGCAUGACAAGAGCGAGUCAACAGCCACCCUGGGGAGCCCGAGCUGCCGCCAUCUUCGGGUUACAAGGGAACUGCACUUUCCUACCUCCAGCCGUGCUUCCCGUUAAAUAAUUGUUUUUCGUCCAACUGAAGCUGAGUGGAACUGCAGAUGGAGCAAGUUGACAGCGUUAUUAUAAUAAGUGACACCGAAGGAGACAAUGAAGAUGAAACUUCAGUCUUCAUUGUAGAAGACUCUCCAGAAGCUUUGGACACAUCCAAGGAUAAAAGCACUGAAGUAAUUGAUGAAGAAUGUGGGCUUGCCAUUACCUACAGCAAAAAGGGCAAUGUAAUGCCACACGCACGAUAUGACUGUGUAGAACAAGACUUUACGCGAACAGAAAAUGAGGUAUCUGGGCCUACUGGUAGCAAUUUAAAGUUCUGUGACCAGUGCUAUUGUUAUAUCUGUGACAAACUUGCUUCUGAGUGCCAAUACUGGAACCUUCCUUCAUUUUGUCAUUGCAACGCUCACAAUAAAAGUAAAUAUUGGAAAGCACACCGGGAUGUCGCACUAACUGGUGCACUCUCAAUAUUCAACUUCGAUCUAGUUGACAUUGAUUCAGAACUUCGACAUGGAGGUGCUUUAUUGCAGACAUUUUGUUUAGAGCUUGCGUUGGAAUAUAAUAAUUAUAUGAUGGGAAUAAUAACAUCUCGGAGCUCCUUGAUCCCGUGCAUUUGUUCCUGUCACAAUCAGUUUAAAAUAUUUUGUGAAAUGUGCCAGAUGAACCAUGUGGAGAUCCAACUCUACAGUUACACACCAGUGUUUAAUAUGGUGAACAAGUUUCUACAUCAAACAGAGAAGGAGAAGCCAAAAACAGCUGCCAUCAUGAUGAUCGGAGUGGCAAAAGAAAUUCUUCUUCACAAACAACCUCCACAGGAAGUUUUCAAUAAAAAUGAUCAGACCUCAACUCCUAGCCAGGCGGUGCCAAUAUUUAUGCACAGAAUCACCGGUGCGUUGCAAAGGAUGCUUGUGUUGAAUGACUUCCCUCCUUAUCUGUUUAACAAGUUGAAAACCUUCUAUAAAUCCCUUGUACUUCCUUCACAUUGCUUUAUCUUUACAAAUAGUCUUAAUGUACUAUCAUGGGAGGAUCCAUUCCUGACUUCUAUUCUCAGGGGUCAAAAUAUCACUGGGCAACGACAAAAGAAAGGCAGAAAAGAGACGUUUUGGGAGGACUUCCCUGUUGUGCACGCACGGGUGGAAAGGAUGGAAGCAAGAGAAGAGUACAGAGAGUUGGUUCGAUACCUACGAGUGAUAAAAUGCAAUGAUACAUUAAAGUUACGAGCCCUGCGUGACAAAGUUCCCUUCUACUUCUGCAAGUAUGGAGAUUUUAAUUCGGCUGCGCAGUCAUUUCAUCUAAGUACCAGCCUUACGUGCUGCAUCGCGUGCCGUUUAACACCGUACCAGUACAAGGUGUACUUAAAAAUUCUCAGGACCGGAACUGUACCUACUACUUGUGAACUUUCAGACAGUGGGCAAUGGGUGCAUGUGGAAGGUGGUAAAUUGUUGAAGAGCUGUAUACUGUUAAAAUGUUCACUCAGGAUCUUAUUUGUCAAUGCCGUUCUCUACAGAGAUGUUCACUGCUGGAGCCGACUGAUUCAAAUUCACUGCAAUUAUUUUUCAAUGGAAGCUGAUGUACUACAAGUGCCCCCAGCUGGAUUUGUGAAAAACACUGCUAUCCUUGCUGCAUCAGUUCUUGCAGAUCUGAAAAGUGGAAUAGUCGGCUUGCCUAAACCAUUUUCCUCAGUGCUUCAUCGGGAGGCUACGUUGAUUCUGGUGACAAUGGCUGCUGCUCAGAUGUUGCAUAAGAACAUCUCCAUGAUGAAAUUAGUUCUGCCAUUAAUUGUAGCUUAUGGGAAGAAUUUCUGGGCUCUGAAGCUCCUAUUUGACAGCCUGAGCACGAAAGAGGAAAUCCUGCACAAUUUCUGCGCCAUGCUGAGCAACAACAUUUAUAUACAUAGAAGCAUGAUGAUUGAUGUGGUUAAGUGUCACGAUGCCAACUAUGUCUCUGACCUUGUGACUCUCUUUCUGUCUUUUGAACAAACUACCGUUCAAUCCUUGAGCAUUCCUGUUCUCAACGUUCUUGUGGAGGAGUGGCAUGAAUUCAAAACUAAGGAACAUCUAUGGAUACAAUCUCUUCAUACUUUCCUACAGACUAAGGUUGUUCCAGCCAUGGAGAUGGUCAACACUGCACAGUUUACUGAAUUACGGAAUAAACUAAAUCGGAUACUUUAAAGCCAAUGUUGUCACAUCCUAGAAACCAUCCACAAGCCAUGGACGGUGGAUUGCCAUGGCAAUGGACCUUGUUACACUAUGACUGCGAAAGUUGCUCCCGAAACCUAUUGCAAUGACUUUAAAAUUUAAUCCGCAUUUUCAUACAAACCAAGGAAACGAGGCACAAAUAGAAAGCCUGCAGCUUUGAAAAAUUUUGUUACCUUUUGAUAUUUUUCCAGGUUUAUAAAAUAGUCGGUGAAGAUAUUUGCGUUUUAUUACGAAACUGUUUAAAAUAUUGGCUCCGAGGAUUUCUAUAGGUAGAGCUAAUUUAUCCUGAUUUUGUUGUUACCAUUUUUAAUGAUAUUGUGCUCCAAUUGUCAGGGAUAUUUGGGGAGAGAGUGGAGGGAACUAAAUCGAGCAAGAAGUGGUUGUGGAGAGAUGGGAGGGAGCAGGGUAGCCUUAUAAAUAUUUAUUUAUUUUCACUUUCUUAGUGAAUGUUCACGAAAGGUAUAGUGCGAGCAUACUUGUUUUUCGGUAUUGACUCGUGCACCUUAAACAAAGAGAAUAACGCAAAAUGCCAUUCUUAAAAUAGAAAUACCUGGGAGGUUAACAAAGGCCACCUUUCCGCCUUGAGUUAUUUUGAUGCUUCUUGGUUAUCAUUAUUGUAGACAGUGGUCGGACAGAAACAUAGACAGUUUAAGAAGGGGUUAAAUUGCUCACAAAGUCUUUGUCAAGAAAAGAUUUGUCUAGUUGGAGAUAAUGUACGCCCUCAACUUUUUUUACCAGGGAUGGCUUGAUGAAGAAAAAUCAAACGCCUCAAUCUCUGCCUAGGGUUCAAUAAUUCAAAAUCAACAUGCAAGUGUCAUCCAGCGAAUGACCAAUAAUUCUACAUGGAAAAAUGGAAGUGCCCAACAGAAUUCAUCUCCCCACCCCCCUCCCGUUUUAAAUAACAUUUAACAAACUCCUUCGACCAAAAAGAUUGUUAAAUGUUCCUGGUUUAUACAGCCCUGUGUUUGAAAGAGUUGAGUCAAAAUUUGUUCCCAAUGUGCUAAUUUUUUUUUUAAAAACAUGUUGGUUGUGGUUAAUGUUAUUAGCACAGUCGUCACCACUAAGUCGAGAUUAUGGUUAGAAGUCCUGCAACAGACUCUUCAGCAUAGAAACUAAACCAACCUGUCAAUAGAGUACUGAGAAAGUGUUGCCUGAUAGAUAAUUAACAAGGGCACACUCCACACAUGUGUGAACAUCAAGUUACUGUUGUGGGAUCGUUUGGGGGAAGUGGAGAGGGUUUUCACCUGUGACUGGUCAAAAGUUAUCCUUUUAACAAUAUCGCCAAACCAGAUUAUGUGCUUAUUGUAUCAUUGAUGUUCGUGGGAACCUGUGCUUCCCAAAAUGGCUCCCGUAUUUCCUCCAUUACAGCUCGGGUUACAUGAAAAAAACAUAUUUCAUUGAGUGUAGACAAGGAACCACAGAUGCUGGAAUCUUGUGCAAAGUGCCGGAGUAACUCCGUGGGUCUGGCAGCAUCUGUGGAAUGAAUGAACAGGCAACGUUUUGGAUCGGGACACCUUUUCACACUGAUUGUAGUCGGGAGAUGCUGUAUCUCCUUUCCUGCAUUCCCCUUUCCUCCCCCUCACAUCCACCCCCCCCCUUCCCCUCCUCCACACUGCAAUCAGUCUGAAGAAGGGUCCUAAUCCGAAACUUCACCUGCCCAUUCCCUCCACAGAUGCUGCCUGACUUGCUGAGUUACUCAAGCACUGUGUUUCACUGAUUGCAAAACAGUUUCACGGCAUCACAGAAGUCCUGUAUCAAUCUAAGCCUUUCCCAUUCAGGAUCUUGUGUGCCAUUGUGUAGACAUUUUGUGCUGUGGAGAUGGGAAAUAACAAAUACACACAACUCUUGAUCAAAUACUCAACUAAUUUUAAUUUGUAUUGGUUAUAAUUAUAAUGCAGAAUUUUCCAUUAAUUUAAGUAUUGGUUCCAUUGCCAACCUGUGAGCUUAGAUAUAAUGUAUAGGAAAGAACUGCAGAUACCGGUUUGAAUCGAAGGUAGACACAAAAUGCUGGAGUAACUCAGCGAGUCAGGCAACAUCUCUGGAGAGAAGGAACGGGUGACGUUUUGGGUCUGAAUUUCGAACAUAAAAUGCUCCAAUUUAGUGUCUCGCUUCGAUAUACUCUUCUGCAGCAGAACAAUGUUGCAAGAGUUAAGCUUCAAUCUGACGAAGGGUCCCGACCCUAAACGUCACUUAUUCAUUUGCUCCAAAAAUGCUGCGUUACUGACCCGCUGAGUUACUCCAGUAUUUUGCGUCUGUCUUUGAUAUCAACCAGCAUCUGCAGUUCCUUGUUAAGGCAACGUUUUUGUGCUACGGCUUGCUAAUCUGAUUCAGCUCUCCAUUUAAUGUUCUGUUUUACCAUCUAGCAAACUCAAUUUGUAUUUAAAAACAUUGUCAAGCUGAUGAUUAUUUGAUGAAAGAUUUACGUCAACCAGUUUGAUUUUGGAGAAGGUUGAUAAUGGGAGCAGCAUGCGAGUGUUUGAGUCCAUUUUGGUCGUAUUUGACUUUACCUUUUUCCGUUUGGCACUUUCCUGCAGAGUAAACCUCUUAAUUCAAUAUAAUUUCAUGGAUCUUCAGUGAUGAUGGUUCUAAAAAAGAACAAAAUCUUUAACCUUCAGGACAUUCCCUUUAAAAAAAAAUUCAUCUGAAUUUUGUAAAUGCUGAGGUAUUGUACAGUUACAUAACUUGACUUUGAUAUGGUUUCUGGUUGAAGUUGAAUACAUGACACUUUGGCCUAUUGUCCUGUGGUUUGUAUGUAUAUAUUACUGUGGCAAAAGCCAAGCCUGUUUGCAAAUAACGAUUCUUGUAGAAGCUAAAUAGUUGACUCGUGUCAAAGUACUUUGUUCCAAUUUUUUUAAAGAAAGCCUUAUAUAUUCUUCUAGCGUUUCUGUACCAUUCAUAUCUUUUAAAAUCUGUAUUUGUAUGUAAUCGCUCAAUAAAUUUUUCAAUUCCGUUUCUAAAAAAAUAA